AUGUCCGACGAUGAGUACUACUACGAAUACGAGGAGGACGAUUACCAGUACGCAGACGAAGUCCCAGAACUAGUCGACGACCUCGCCGCCUCCGCGUACCACGAUGCCACCGGCCUAUUCCUCGACGCGGAUAGCGAUGUAGAAGAUUACUUCGCCGACCUGGAAUACCAAUCAGACGAUUAUUACGAUAACGACCCAACGGCCGACAAAGGUGCCGUAAGGGAAAUCGGAACGAAGAAUGCGCCGGCAACAACAAAACGCCAGACCAAGAAAGCCCAGCCUACAGCCGCAGCAACAAAGGCUAAGUCCCCUGUCGUUCUGGACAUCAAAUCUUUCCAAGGCGUAAUCUGGAAAACGUCCAGUCUGGAUCGGGACCAGGACGUCGCCAUCCUCUACGAACCGCACACGGGCGAACAAGUCGCGCUGUUGAAGAACUGGCGGGAGGAAUUCAAGCAUGCCCAGCCUGCGCUGGAUAAAUCACGAUUGAAGAGGCGGCGGGUGGAGGAAUCACUGGCAGCGGAUGACGCGUCGCUGUCCGAGGCGGAUAAUGAAAUGGAGCCCGAAGAACUCGAAGGUGAAGGCGACGAACCUGACAGCUCCGAUGAGAUGGACGACUCUGCGUCGCGCGAUGAGUCCAGUCUCGAUACUGGAGAUGCCUCAAAUACAACACCCGACACGGAUUGCGUCCAUUCAAUGAAACUGCCUUCGCCACCGAAGGUCGUGAUCCCGGUUAAGAGAGGGCGGAAGCGGAAAGCGGCGCCACAGCAGGAUGUUCCUAGUGAGGAUAUGGCGCCGCCGAGGGCGAAGAAGGUUGAGUCUCGGAAAGGUGGGAGUGAUACGGCUAAGGCCAAAGGGCGUGGCGGUUCGACUGGACCGCCUGUGCGCAGGUCGGCUCGGCAGAAGAAGUAG